AAACUGUUUUUAUUUAAUGGAGAUCAGAUAAAUACAUUUAACUGAUUAAUUAAUCAAUCUUAUAGAUAUUUUGAUCUAGUCUCAAAAGCUUUCGUGAGUGUGCUAACGAGCAGCUUCCCCUUAUCUGUUAGAUUUUCUUCGAAGACCAUUGGCCUUAACUAAGCCUUAAUUUAUUUAUUAGAUGUUCAUUAUUGGCAGUUUACAAAAAAAUACAAUUAAGCCGUUACGUUUUUAGGCAGAAACAAGAGAAAUGUUGUGACCCACCCGUUUUAGACUGAUAAGUUUACUCAUUUCGUCAUACACUUAAUUUGGGAGCUAACUUAAGUUAACAGUUGUUCUGAUUCAAUUUUUUUAAAAUUUAAUUUCAUUCUAUAAAUACAACAACGCUUUCAUUUCACGUAUCAUUAAACAUUUUAAUGUGAUAUCUAAAAAAAGUAUAUUCCCUUUGCCUGUCUCAUGGCUGCUAAAGAGAAAAAAGUACUUUAUUUUAAUAAAUUAUUUUUAUUUUUCAAAAUUGUAAAUAAUGUGUUUAAGCGUAUUUACAAAAAAGCAAUUUAAUAAUGAAAUCUAAAUUAAUUUAAAUCUCACAUUUAUCUAAAUCAGUUUACCCAAGUAGGUUUACAGCUGACUACUUGGUAACGCCUCAAGAAUGGAUAAAAAAUAUGUUAAAACUGUCUUGGAAGGAUUAAAAUCCUCAACAUCUAAGCGUGUUCAGGAGUCACUUUUAAAAAUUAGAAGCAAAAUAAUCGUAACUGAGGCUGGAGUGAAGCUUUUUAGGGAGUGUCGAGGCUUAGAAUUAAUAUUGCCCUAUUUACGGAAACCCAAUGAAAGGUUUCUUGACAUAACGCUCAGCAUACUUGGUAAUUGUUGUCUAGAAGAAGAAAGUAGCUUGGCCGUUGGGAAACUCAACAUCUUUGGACCGUUAACAUUAAUUUUAAAAACUGUAUGUAAGGACAGUAUUGUAGGUAGAGCCUGUCGUACAAUAGGUAACUUAGCACAGAGAAGUAGUAAUGCUGAAGGCUUCCAUAACCAUGGUGUUGUCUCGGCAUUGGUCACAUUAAUUGAAAAUGGAGAUAAAAGUACAUCUUGUGCUACUAAAACGAUGGCUGUUCGUGCAAUGAGACAUUUGUGGAUGGUAACUGAUAAGAGAGAUGAAAUGCUUAGUUUGAAUGCUGUGCGCUGUAUAGCCAUAUUAUUGACAGUGGAAUGUGAAUCAGCUGGUAUUAUCAAAUCAUCUAGUUCUUCUAAGGAAACAGAUGGAUUGAGAAAGAGCCAAGAAGAAUUAGUGAUUGGAAUUUUAAAGUGUAUUGGCUUUUUCACAACUCAUCCUACACUGCAAUGUGCAGAACAGAUACAAGGGGACGGAAGAGGGUAUCAAUGCCUUACUGCUUUAACAAACUCAUAUGAGUCGUUAGCUUUAAAAAGCCUCAUAAACUUGUGUUACUUGUCCUCAUGCAGGCCUUUACUGGGCACGGCAGGAUUAGUAGAAUGCCUUGUGGGAAUUUUGCAGAAGAGCUCUGAUGUGUCACAGUGGCCUAAAGGUGCGUCACGUGCUCUUGCUCAUUUAAGUGGAGAGUCAGUGAAUAGAUCUCGUUUGAGGCGUUGUGGUGGACUUCCACUGCUGUUGACAGCAGCUAGAGUUGAUCCCAGUUGCAUGCAUGCACUGGUCCAAUACGUUUUUGAUGAUAUGUCAUUCCAAAUAUUAUUAAAUGAAGGCCUUAUUAACGUUUUAACUGAUGAACUAACUAAUUAUUUAAGUACAAUGAAAUAUGAACAUACUUAUGAACAGCACAGUGAAAUCUUAAAUGAAACAAGUGAAAAAAAAAAUCCAAACAAAACUAAAAGAGUUGAAGAUACUAGUGCUGAAACGUUCAAUUCUACUGAAGGAAAAAGUACCUUAUUUGCUCGACGAAAAGCAAUACCAGAUAAAAGUGAAGAUGAAUUAAAAGUAGUCAUCGAAAGAGAUAAUAUGAUAGUAGGAUUUGUUGAUGCUGUUGAAAGUGAUGCUACAGAUAGUCAAAGUGAAGAUGAAUCAUCUGCACCACGCCGCAAAUGCCUUAAAAGGGCUAAGUCCAGUAGUCCCAAAAUAAAAAAUAAAACUCAAUUAAUAAGAAUGGCAAGUAAAGAUUGGUCAGCUGGUGUUUAUUGGGAGCCAAAAAGUCCUGAAUGGCCAUCUAUUUCUCAAAACUAUAGUUCCCAUUCUACAAGAAGUCCAGAUCGUUCAGAUUAUGGUCCACUUUCUCCAUAUUCAGAUGGGAAUCAAUCUGGAUUUAGUCCAGAAAAUAAAAGCUAUUCUAGUAAGAGGGCUCGAUGGGACUGGAGCCCUGAAUCUGGAAUUAGCACAGGGGAAGGAAGUUCUAUGUCACCAUCAUAUUGGACGGAUUAUCAGUGGAGUCCAAGUAGUGUUGGAAGUCCUGUCUCACCACUCAGUUUGCAAGAAGACAGUUCGGACUCAGAGGUAUCCGGUCGUUAUUCGCCGGUCUGCAGUGAACCAGAUGGUGAGGCUAUCGACUUGGCGACUACACAUAACUCGGUGUCAGAACUAAACGCAGCGCAAGUUGCUCAGGACUUAGACGAGCUUAUCAUGGAUGACGACGAUAGCGUAGAAGAAGUAGCUGCGAAUGAAGAAGAGACAAACACAACUUCCUCGCGCAUAGCCUGUGUACUAGUCUUAUUAUUUCGAGUGUCCCAUGGAGAGUGCAGUUCAAUUGGAACACUGCGAGACGAACCUACUUCUAGUCAUACAUUAGAACUGGUUACCGGACAGGGUUGCCUUAACGCGUUAUUAGAUUAUGUGGAAAGAUGUAAGAGGCCUUUGGGUCGCGCCGCUCGUAUUCUAGCUCGAGUGUUGAGCAACGCCCUGUGUUUGAAAAGUAUAUUAAGGCAUAGAUUAGCGCUAAGACUGCACAGUAUGUCGGUUAGCUCUAAACAUCCGUCUGCCAAAUGCCAACAAUGUAAACAAAUUAUACGGCUCAGUACUAAAUUAUUGAAACAGUUAACAAUUUUAGCUGAAUCAAGUUAUGGUAUUGGUGAAAUCAGUUACCAGCUAUUAAAAGGUAGUUGUGCUAUGAAACAAACACUGUCUUUGACAUUACCGUAUAUCGUAAGGACUGAAAAACCGCUGAAAAAAUAUUUCAUCGACUGUAGCGCUCUUAAUAUGCUAUUUUCAAUAAUUUCCGAAUCCAAAGAAGACCUACAAUCGUGCGUGACAGCAUUAUCUAAAUUAGCCACGAAUCUACAUAUCAAGGACCCUAAAAUACUCGAGAACAAAUUUAAAGACCAAGUUUGCGUUAGCUACGAUCCUAUACUCGAUAAUUUGUCCAAUGAUGAUAUAGUAACCUUUGAGUUGGACGAUUUGUCGACAGUUCAAGCCAACAAAGUGUUUUUGUGUCAAAACUCAGAAGUGUUCAGUGCCAUGCUAAUGGGGUGUUUCAGGGAAUCGUUUGAAAAAUGUGUCAAACUUAAAAACGUAACGAAACCAGCUCUUAAAUAUCUUUUUACUUUGUUACAAUGCGGAUUGAAUAAUCCCAAAAGUGAUGUUCAAAUUUUUCCUUUGGCAGAUGAAUUGGCAACAAAUUUAGAAGUUUUGUUACUCGCUGACAGAUUUUUGUUUGAAAAUUUAAAGGUUUCACUGAGCAGUGCUAUUCUUCAGUUUCAAAUGACUCCAGAAACUGCCGAUAAGAUUUAUGUGUGGUCUCUCAGCGAAGGAAUGGGUUUCUUGUGUGUGGAAUCUGUUGCUUACAUAUUAACAGGGAAAAUGGACGAAAUAGAUCGAGCUCGUUCAUUUGAAACUAUUUUAGGUCUAAAAUAUAGAGAACAGUGGUUGGAAGACAUCAAGUCAAUGAUUCAAAGGCAGCUACUCAAAUGAUAUUAUAUUUUCACAAUUUUGGUAUAUGAACAAUCUAAUAAAAAUUGUAGCCAUCUAAUAUUGGCUGGUGUAAUGCUAUUGUGUAAGUCCGUUUAGCAGCCGCUUCAAAAAAAGUUGCGCUUUCUAUUUUGAAGGGUGGGGCAGCCAUUAUGUGGUCUCAUAUCCCCAAGGGUAACUAUACUGAGACCUUACAACUUAUAUCUCAAGGUGGGUGGCGCAUUUACGUUGUAGAUGUCUAUGGGCUCCAGUAACCACUUAACAACAGGUGGGCUGUGAGCUCGUCCACCAAUCUAAGCAAUAAAAAAAAUAAAAAAAAGGGAGCGGCGCUACUCACCUUCCUAAAAGUGGGUUCCGGUAACCCAUUAGUAUCAAACCAAACCCUUAAACCAUUUUAAAACCAGGUGGACCUGUCAGCUCGACCACUCAUCUAAGUAAUAACAAAAAGAAACAAAGAUAGAAUCAUUAUACUGUUGAAUUAAGAGUUUGCCCUCAUGUCUUAAACUAAAGGGCGCCAUCUGCGUUAUGAUGUCAAUGGUUUCCGGUAAUUCACGUAACACGUUGACCGCGAGUUCAUAUGUACACCUUAAACAAAAAAAUACAUAAAUAAAAAGAAAUGAGUAAUCAGGGAAAGGUAUAAAUAUUAAGUUAAACCUUGUAUUUGUCUUAAAAUAUGAGAGAGAGGGGGAGAGAAAAAUAUAAAAAUAACGAGAGAUAUAAGAGAAUCUAUGAGAUGCUCAGAUGCACCUCUUGCAAGGUGAUUGUAUAAAGACAAUGUACCCAUAAACACAACCCACUAAGUUUUUCGCCGGAUUUCUUAUGGGUCGAGAUUCCGAUUCAGUGAACCACUACACUUACUAGGGCCAGUACUAAGAAAUUCUGUCAGGGUAAGCCCGUAAGCUACCAUAUCAAAUUUGUAUUGAGUUGGAACGUUUGCCUACGUUUGCCGCUACAGUGCCCCACUGUUCCAACUGCAUAAAAAGUUGAGUUAACUUUUACGCUAUCGAAAGCGUUAAAAAACUCGCACUAAGCACACAGGUGUGUAGUGUAAACGAAGAUACACAACAGUAACUGUGCACCUGAUAAUUUGAAAUUUUUAUUUGUCGCUUAUAUAUAUUUUCCCAUUGUUUUACUUUUCAGCUUGUAUGUGCCUUUGCCAAUUCUGGUCUAUUUUUGGCUUUCUAAUAGUAAACUUUUUUUAGCAGCAACAAAUCCUCUUAAUCCCGCAAAUAGUAGAUGUAUUUUAACCGUUGUUCUUGAAAUGUCUGUUGUUCCCGAUCAUUCACAGCUGCGGUUAAUAGAGAUGCAGUUAAGUGUUGAUUCCGUUUAGAGAAAUCGAAUAAAAUUAUCUUUAUUUUCCCAGUUUCUUGUUUUCUAGCAAGCGUAGUUUCUAAUAGAGCUUUGUACCUUUACAAGAAAUGCCGAAUGUGCAAUUUGACUUUCGUGAACAAAUAGUCCUUCGCUGUUCUAGUGUAAAUAGCUUAUGUUUUGUCAUUUUUAGAAAAAAAAGUACGGUAAAAGCAGUACCUAGUUAAAAUCUUCUGAAUACAGACAAUGUUAAUAUCACAACCUUCGCAAGUGCGACCAAAUAGGGUUCAUGAAGUUUGAACUAGCAACAAUAAUUAUAAAAUUAUAUUAUAUUUUUUAUAAAAAAACAGUCUACGAAAGUCAUUAAUUAAGUUGCUGUCGGGUCCACGCGUCUUCUUUCGGGGUCGCGGAUCGAGCCCCGGGUAUAGGCUCCCUGCCUAACGAGGCAGGGCCCGGCAGAGGUGAGGAUAAAAUAGGUGUUUCGUCAAAAUCAAGGAAAUCUUUUUGUUGAACAUGUAAUAAUACUAUUUGUGUAAACAAUCUAAAAAAACAUUUUACGUCAUAGUAUCGCAACGUUCUUUUUUGUAUAAAAACAGCUGUAUUUCCAAUCUUUUGGACGGCAUUGUAUAUGAUUGUAUAUAGAAAGAAAAAAGUAGUUAUUUAAAGGCUUGAUUGUGUCACUCAAACCCAGUACUUAUCUCGACCUUUUGUCUGUGUAUAUCUGUCACGCUAUUUUAUUAUGUUAGGGUUUUUGUAUGUAUAUUGUAAUAUGCCUGUGAUUUAUACUGCCAUUAAGAUUAGUGUUAGUAAAUAAAACAAAUAUAAUAAUAAUUAUUAUUAAUACAAAAUAUUUAUUUAUUUGCUAAACCUUUAAAUUUGAAAGUUGCCUGAUAACAAUUUCACUAAAUGUCGGUCCAUAAAAUAAAAUAAAAUAAUACAAUUAGAAAUAAAUUUAUGUCGUAUUCAAA